GAGUUGAGAUUAUGCCUGAAGGUUGGCUAAGGGAUUCAAGUCACCCACCACUGUAAAGAAAUUGAAGUUAACACAUAACCUUCAUAACAUUACUGUGAGGAAAUAUUUAUCUAAAUAUGUAUCUUUAAAACGAACACGACUGUAGUAUAAUAAGUAUAAUAUUUCUAAACAUAUUUUAAUUAAUGCAUAAAUGACAGAAAUGUUGUCACAAGCAUAGUUUAACGUUCACAUUUUUUUAAUGCAAAGCAUUGAUGAAAACGUAUUUAUGUUACACAACGUUAUAUAAGAUAUUAAACUAUUCUCGACGUACUUCCAAAGCAUUAAUUCAUACAAGAAGCAUGGAGAAUGAACAAUGUGCGAAGAAACUCAAACUUGAUGAAAUUCCCGUUAUAAGUGAAGGGAAAGCACAAAUAUUAGUUACAACUCAGAAUGUAUUCUACAAUCCAGUUCAAGAGUUCAACCGAGAUCUUAGUAUAGCUGUAUUAACAAUAUUUGCAAAAGACAGGUGGAAUGAAAUGUUACAAAAGGAUAAACUAAAAAAAGAGAGAAACAACGAAACUAAUAUAUUACACAAUAUAGAAGUAAAUAAGGAGAGUCAAAAGGGUAUUACUAUAUUAGAGGCUCUAUCUGCAACUGGUUUGCGAAGUAUACGGUAUGCUAAGGAAAUAGAGAAUGUCCAACAGAUUGUGGCCAAUGAUAUUUCUGCAAAGGCAGUAGAAAGUAUCAGACGAAAUAUUUUACAUAAUGAAGUUGAAAAUUUGGUAACUCCUUCUCACGAGGACGCCAUGUUAUUGAUGUAUCAACACAGACGAGAUCGCUUCGAUGCCGUCGAUUUGGAUCCGUAUGGUUGUCCUUCCAUAUACCUGGAUGGAGCAGUGCAGUGUGUAUCCGAUGGUGGUAUACUUUUGAUCACAGCUACUGAUGUGGCUGUAUUAGCUGGCAACGUUCCGGAAACUUGUUACUAUAAGUAUGGAGCAAUAUCCAUAAAAUCGAAAUCUUGCCACGAAAUAGCAUUGAGAAUAUUGCUGCAAUGCAUUGCUUCUUACGCAGGACGUUACGGACGAUAUAUAAUACCGUUAUUAUCUGUGAGCGUUGAUUUUUAUAUCAGAGUAUUUGUCAAAGUCUUUACGAGUCAUGAUAAGUGUAAGGAAAACUCUACUAAGAUAGGAAUGUUGUAUCAAUGUACAGGGUGCGAGAGUAUCAAGUUUCAAACGUUAGUAACAAAGAAACCUUCCAGUAAUUACAAAUUACCGUGUGCACCUUUAGUGGACCAAUUAUGUGAACAUUGCCGUCAUUAUCAGCAUAUGGGAGGCCCAAUAUGGUUAGGUCCUUUGCACGAUCAAGCGUUUAUAUCGCGACUAUUGUACAAUCUCAGUAGCAUGGAACUGGGCACGCUGAGAAGAAUGGAGGGUGUUUUGACUAUGAUACAUGAAGAACUGGAUAUUCCUUUAUAUUACAGUCUAGAUCGCUUAAUGUCCAUAGUUAAAUGCCACGUACCACCGAUGUUAUUGUUCAGAUCGGCAUUAUUAAAUGCAGGAUAUAAAGUGUCAUAUUCGCACGCAAGUAAAGUCUCGAUCAAGACAGACGCACCAAACAACGUGAUAUGGGACGUCGUACGCGCUUGGGAAAAAAAGCAUCCUGUAAAAAGGGAGAAGCUGGCAGCAAAUAGUCCGGCUGAGCGAAUACUCAAUGCAUCGUCUACAACAGACAUUUCACUCGAUAUACAUCCUCUCGCAAAUCCAAUUUCUCGGCAAAAACAUCUGUCUCGCUUUCAACAAAACCCUACUGUAAAUUGGGGGCCUGGUAUUCGUGCUAGAACUAGAGUAGAUUUUGAAAAUAAAAUGGAAGACUCGAGGAAGGUGGAAAAUCAAAACAAAAAUAGUAAAAAUAAAUCUACUACGGCAAAACAGCAAGUGGAAGUGAAUUUAAGUAACUGAUUAUUGUACAUAUACGAAUGGCAAUAAAUUAAACAAAUUUUCUAAGAUUUAUAUUCAAAUAUAUAGCACGCGAUAUAUUGUUAAGGGUAUCGGAGUGUAUUAGGUCACUCUUACUCUACAGGUCAAAUCAAGGAUCCACACCCGCCGACGGGUUGGUUUAACUUCUAGCCCCGGGGGAUUAAUUCUCUAAGGUUGGAUAGAGCGAAUUUGCCUUGCACACAAGGAAGGGGAGGGGGGGGGGGCACAGAAGAAUACGGUUAGUGAUGCCUCUCUAUAACGCAUAAAAAGGCAUGAGGUUUUUAGCCGGUAGAAGCCCUGCAUAACCCUGAGUUCCGCGGGUAUCCAUGAAGGAUAUUCCCCAACUUAAAAAAAAAAGAUAUCUGGAAAGUAUAUAAAAAGACGAACAAUUUGAUACUUAUAUCAUGAGAGCACCUAAUUUUUUCGCAGAGUUACACUUGAACGCCUAUACGGAUUACUAACUUCUAUUGCAAAAUUCUGCAAAAAGGAACGAGCACCUAGUUCAGUGAUUACAUAUUUAGAAAAUAUAUAACAAGACGAACAAUUUGACACCAAUAUUGAGCGUACACCUAAUGUUUCAAGUUGUCUUGUACAUCGAACAUAAUGAUACAAUCCUUGGUUAGUUUCUUCCCAAUAAACAGUUGUUUUGUUUUCA